UCGUGAUCAGACGUGUUUCUCAAGCCUUUCUACAAAAUAUUUAAAAUAAUAUUAAAUUUUUCCAUGUCUCGUAAAUUUCUCUCAAAUUAACUUCUAAAUCCGAUAAGAAAAAAAAGUGACUUUGUGUAAUUUAAUAAUUAAUUAAUAAUAAAUUCUGUAGUGCUAAAAUUUCUGCCUUUGUCGUGUAAAAAAAAUAAAUUUGAUAAAAAAAAACGUGAAAAAGAGUAAACGCCGGGCGAUAUUUAUUGAAAAAUAGUUAUAUAUAUUUUUUCGGGGUGUAUUUCUCUCUCAGUGUACAUAAGCUCGUAUGUAUCUCGUCGUACGGUGAACGACAACGACGACAACGAGAAAGUACAUAAAGUGAUAAAAAGGAUGGCAAAAAGUGUGUGUGCAUAGUUAUUGUUCGCCAGUUGCAUUCAAUUAAAUUUGGGCGAAAAAAAGGAAGAAAAAUCGGGAAAAACUGCGAAAAAACAAAUAAAAGAAGACGAACUGUUGGCAAAAACAAAAAGCCUUAGGGCUCCAAUCAUUAUCAUCAUCAUCAUCUCUCCUCGCUGUACAUAAAGUGCACGUCUCUCGCGUGUCGACGUAGCUGUUUUAUCGUCGUGUAGCGCGUGUGCACACAAACAAUAUAGACAACAACGUGGUUUUCACGUCGUCGUUCUUCUUUUUGGCGAAUCGAUUUUGUUGAAUUUUCCUUUUGUUCAGCAUUUUUUUUGGGAAACGCAACAAAAAAAAAAAAAAAAAUUGCGAAAUCUAUGCACGGGAAGAAAAUGCCGUCAUUGCAACAGAUCAAAGACUGCCAAAAUACAGAUUUAACGGGAUCGGACAUCCUUCAGAAGCACUCAAUCAAUUCCAUAUUGGAGCACAAUAGUGACAUUAUCAAUCGAGGUUUGGCAUCGCCGAACGAAGCAAAAUCCAUUGGAUCAUUUGACAUUUUUGGCGCAAACGCUGGCACUAAUAACCAAAGUAGUUAUUACUCGGUUCACAGCAAUCACAACGGAUUCCUUUCGACAAGUCCCAACAAUCAAGUAGCAUCGUCUCCGAGCUCGACGCACUCUUCAUCGACAUCGCAACAGCAAUUGACGACAAACAAUCCAAUGAUGGUAUCGAAUGCAAAUUGUAACGGCAAUCACAAUCAAAUGCAAUCAUCAACCAAAGCAUCAGCAGCUGAUUUUCAGUUCGAAAAUCGUUCCUUUUCUGGUAGCAGCAACAAUUUGGGACAAUCGAAGACGUCUCAAAUGAAAGCCAUGUCUCGUAAUCACUUGACUUUGGAUUGUUCGUCGGCAUCUCCUCGUAAUUUCGCGGCAUCUCCCUUGUUUGGCAAUAGCUUCAAUAAUUUCGAUACAAACUUGACGGCAAAUAGUAUGCCUUCUCCUUACGCGUAUCAAACAAAGUCGAUUUCGCCCUUUCCCGAUUACACAAACACCAAUAUGGACAACGGAAGUCACGAUUUUUCCGUUUUGGAAAAUCAUAACAUUUUGCAUCUCAUGAACUACUUGAAUUUGAACCAAAGUUCAAGUUCGAUCCCGAGUUAUCAGCAAAUUCCGCAGCAUUCGAGUCAGCAAUCGGCGCAACAAACCACGCCUUUCGGGAGUGUUGGAAGCGGCGGCAGCGGAUGUACUUCGCCAAUGUCUCCGAACGAAUUUGACAUGGCGCGUCUUCAAUCGAUGCAAAAAAUGAACACGCUUCGUUUGUUACAGCAGCAGCAACAACAGUCUCAGCAACAAGCUCAAUUGUCGCCGAUGCAUGGCUUGAAUCCGCUCACGUUGAAUCAUCUCAUGAACGGCAGUUACAAUCAAUACAAGAAUUGGCAAUUACCUCCGACACCGAUUACGCCUACAACGCACAACGAGGUUGGUUUGGAUCGUUUUGCGAAAUUUCAUCGCAGCUCGGCAGCAAUUAAUGAUCCUUCGUGCACUUGGAGUGGUUCGUUGCCCAUGAAAUCGCAUCGAAUUUUGACAUAUUCGCCCAAAUUCUUCCUCGGAGGCAUCCCAUGGGACAUUAGCGAACAAUCUUUGGUUCAUAUCUUCAAGGAAUUUGGACCUAUUCGCGUCGAAUGGCCCAGCAAAGAUCAAAAAGGUUUCGCUUACAUAAUUUUCGAGUCGGAAAAGCAACUGAAAGCACUUUUGCAAGCGUGUCAUCAGGCACGCAAAGAUCAUCAUUCGAGUUCAGGUUCGCUCGAAAGCAACGGCUCAUCUGUUCCGAGCAAAUAUUACUUCAAAAUCUCCUCGAAACGCAUCAAGGCGAAACAAGUUGAGGUAAUUCCGUGGGUUAUUGCCGACUCGAACUACGUAAAAGCGCCAUCGCAAAAGCUCGAUCCAACCUUGACUGUUUUCGUGGGUGCCUUGCACGGAAAAUUGACAGCUGAGGGUUUAGCUACGGUCAUGAACGACUUGUUUGAGGGCGUCGUUUACGCAGGACUUGAUACCGACAAAUACAAAUAUCCAAUUGGAUCGGGACGUGUAACUUUUAACAACACUCGUUCUUACAUGAAGGCAGUUUCCGCAGCAUUUAUCGAGAUAAAGACGUCGAAAUUCUCGAAAAAGGUACAGGUUGAUCCGUAUCUCGAGGAUUCUCUUUGUUCGGCAUGCGGCGUUACUCAUGGCCCGUAUUAUUGUCGCGAUUUGAGUUGCUUCAGAUAUUUCUGUCGUACUUGUUGGGCAGUUCGACAUUACAAUGAUUCGACAUUGUGCAACCACAAACCAUUGACUCGUAACUCGAAAUCGACACAAAUUAUUGGCGUCGGCCCGCAAAAUCACGUUAAUACUCCGACAACGCCUACAACUCCCAAUGUUGUCAACGCAUUUUCGCCACAAAUCUAAAUUAAUCAACUUUUGAAUCAUUUUGGGAUCAAAAAUCUUUCGGAACUGUGUGGACCAUCAUCUUUAAAAGAAAAAAAAUGUACAAAAAAUGAUAAUAAUUUUCUUGCCGAUGCAGCAGAUUUUAACCGACAACAGUUUUUAACCUGAAAAAUUGGACAUUUUAUACCGCAAAAGGUCUCUUCAACGCUCAGAAUCACAAAAAAUCAUGCAAUAACUUCAAUUUUUCGCAAAAAUAUGUUUUUGUACAAUUUUAGACACUUUUAGUAAUGAUAGUUUUGCUUAUCAUACACCCUCUUGACCAUAAAAUAUUUCUCACACAGUUCCUCAAACUCUCGCAAACUCAAAAAAUCACAAAAAAAAAGUAGGAACAAAAGUUUUUAUCCAAGAAAAAUUAUAUUUAUACACAAAAAACGUCUAAAAAUGAUACAAAAAUUAUAAAUCUUAGACAGCUUCAAACCUGACUCUCUGAAAAAAUUUCGUACACUUUUUUAUGUACUGAAUCCCGACACCGAGAGCAGAAAAAUUUAGUUUUUAAGAUGAAAAGUUUCGAAAUACUCGAAAAAAUCGGAAAAAUCCAAUAUCAAUGUCUAUUAUAAUGAUUAUUAAACGUUUAUUAUUAUUUUAAAACAUAAAAAAUGUUAAAAGCGGGCAGUUGCCAAACAGAUCCUGAUACAAAAAAGGACUAAAUGACCAAAAAUGUUAAAAAUAAUAAUUGAAAUCAUUGUUAUUAGUACUAAACAUUAAUAUUAAAGGAAUAAUAAAAACGUUAACAUGUUUGAUUAUUAUUAUCGAAGCGAGCUUAUUAUCAAAAAAAUCACAAAAAUAAGAAAAAAAAUAUUUAUUGAUAAAAAAUAAAAAUUCAAACAAAUCAAAGAAAGGAAAGACUCAAAAUAUGCAAUGUGUGCUUAAUUAAAAAUAAAAUUUUAGAUGUUAAGAAAAUCGUAGAAACAACAAAGUUGGUAUAAAAAUCGUAUAAAAAAAACGAAUUUGUGUAAGAAAGAGGUUUCAGGGUUUAGAGAACAGACAAAAAAAGACACAAAAAAGACUUGAACCGAAAUAUUUGUUAAGUUGUUAAAAUUAAGAAGAAAAAAAAAUAACUCGAAAAAUUUCUUUUCGAGAAUCGUUUAUGUUUUUGUACUACAUACCAAUUAUUAUAAUAUUACGAAAUUUUGUUAAUUUUUUGUAUUCUUCAUGAUUAAAAUGAAAAAAUUUA